AUGCUUUAUUCUAUCCCUCUCGUUUACGUCCUCGCCCUCGCCAGCGCAACCUCUGCGCACAUUUCAAAGGCGCACAACUCUCCACUUGCAGCUCGCGAUGGGGAUCCCUCAAGCUGCGUAGCACCGUGCAAUGACCUCAGCACCGCUGUCCAGAGUGCCAACGGCGCUGUCGCCUCCCUCUGCUCGCAGAACAUCGUGUCCAAAUACGCGAGCUGCUAUAACUGCGAAGUCAAAGUCGGCAGUCUCACGCAGGCCCAGGCGCAAGAAAUCGUGGACACGUUCGUCAAAGGCUGCACUAGUGGCGGGCAUACCCUUAAAAGUGUCACGAUUUCCGGAGGUUCAAGUUCUGGAGGAAGUGGUGCAAGCGGGUCGACUGGCUCGACCCCAGAUAAUACCACAUCCGACUCAGGAUCGUCGGGCAACACCACUGCGAGCAGCGAUGGAAAGACUGGAGAUGCCACUGUCGCUCAUGCUUCGACUCUCGGUCUGAUCAGUGUGGCGUCGUUCCUCAGCCUCUUCUCUUUUGGGGUCUUAUAA